AUCAGGGUGUGAUUAUACAACAGCAGAGGGCACACCGCUUUCUAGACUCACUAGUCAUGGCGGUGUUUUCCUUGCUGCUCGGUUUGGCAGCAAAUGCGCUCAUAGUUCUGGUAAUUGUUCUUUUCAUCGCGUUUCUGGGUUACUGCUUGUUUAUUAAGUACAUUCACAUGAAGUAUGACCACAUACCUGGACCACCGAGAGACAGUUUCAUUUUUGGACAUUCUCCGACCUUAUUGAGGAUUAUGAAAAAUGACGGAAUGGUACAUGACAUGUUUCUGAAAUGGGCUGAGACUUACGGACCAGUUUACAGGCUAAAUGGUCUGCAUCAAGUUACCAUAUGUGUGACUUGUCCAGAGGCCACAAAGGAAAUACUGAUGUCUCCAAAGUACCGCAAAGACAAGUUUGUCUACAAGAGGCUCUUUUACCUGUUUGGGGAAAGAUUUUUUGGUAAUGGCCUAAUAACGGCGUUGGAUCAUGAUAUGUGGUACAAACAGCGCCGGAUCAUGGACCCUGCCUUCAGCAGCUUGUAUCUGAGAGGUUUAAUGGGGACCUUCAAUGAGAGAGCAGAGAAACUGAUGGAUGUACUCGAGGAAGCUGCUGACAAUAAUACAAAGGCCAACAUGCUUCACCUCAUCAACUGUGUCACACUUGAUGUGAUCGCUAAGGUUGCAUUCGGCAUGGACUUAGACCUCCUAAAGAAUAGUUCACCUUUCCCAAAAGCCAUUGAGAAAGUUCUUAAAGGAAUGGCAAUUUACGCCAGAGAUAUUUUCUUUCAGCUGAAUCCAAAGAACCGACAGUUCACUAAAGAGGUGAGGGAAGCGUGCCAGCUGCUGCGCACAACUGGUGCUCAGGUGAUCCACAAGAGGAAGACCGCCAUGCAGAAUGGAGAAGAUGUUCCUAAAGACAUCCUCACACAGAUCAUCAAAAGUGCUGCUACAGAGGAAAGCAUGACCCACGAAGAUGAGGAGUUGAUGUUGGACAACUUUGUGACGUUCUUCAUUGCUGGUCAAGAAACAACCGCUAAUCAGCUGUCAUUCUGCAUCAUGGAACUUGGAAGACAUCCUGAGAUACUGGAGAAAUUGAGGAAAGAAGUGGAUGAAGUCAUUGGGAUGAAGCAAGACAUAAGUUAUGAUGACCUUGGGAAACUGGUCUACCUCUCACAGGUGCUAAAGGAGACGCUGAGACUCUACCCAACUGCUCCAGGAACAGCCCGUCAGAUUGAGGAGGACAUGGUGAUUGAUGGGAUCCACAUCCCUGGGGGAAUAGGUUGCAUGUUUAGCUCCUAUACAACUGGAAGGAUGGAAAAAUUCUUCAAAGAUCCUCUGAAGUUCGACCCUGACAGAUUUCACCCAGAUGCUCCAAAGCCUUAUUACACCUACUACCCCUUUGCCUUGGGUCCACGCUCAUGCCUGGGACAGGUCUUUGCACAGAUGGAGGCUAAAGUUGUGAUGGCAAAACUGAUCCAGAGGUUUGAAUUCACCCUCGUCCCAGGACAGACCUUUGACAUCCUGGACACCGGCACAUUGAGGCCAAAGAGCGGAGUAGUUUGCACAAUCAAACAGAGAAAAUGAACACGAGGUGGUGGCAAUGCUCUGAAAAGAGGAAAUGUUUAAGUUACCAUGGUGACACUAGGUUUCUCGGACUGGUGAUGUCUUGCAGGUCUGAGUUCUUGUCUCUAGGAAGAGGCUACAUCUCAAAAGUUAGAAUAUCAUGAAAAACCUGAAUAUUUUUUGUCACUCAUUUCAGAUUCAUUACACAAGUAGUAAAACAUUUCAAGUCUUUAUUUCAUGUAAUUUUGAUGAUUAGACCUUACAUGUAAGAAAUCCAAAAUUCAGUGUCUCUGAACAUUUUAUUAUUUUGAAAAAGUUCAACUAAAACACCUGCAAAAGUUUUCUGAGCUCAAAUAGUCCCAAUCUGGGUCAGUAGGCUAAACUAUCAUCUGGCUAGACCGAUGUCCUGAUGACAGUCAUGGACACACUCCACAAGGAGGGGAGGCCACAGAAGGCCAUUGCUGAAGAAGCUGCUUGUUGCAAACAUGUUCAUAGAAAGCUGAGUGGAAGAAAAAUGUUUGGUAGAAAAAUAUGCCUCAGCAAAUGGGAGAACCGCAUCCUUGAAAGGUGAUCUAGGGAGCUUCACCAGUGGUCAGAGGCUGGAGUCAGAGCAUCAAGAGCUUCUACCUACAGACCGAUUGCACACAUGAGCUUCACACGUCACAUUUCUUGUCAACUGGGCUUUCUCAGAAGUUCAAAGUCCGCUUUUCAGAUGAAUGUAUAGUCUCAAGUUCAUUUAGAAAUCAAGGUUCCAGAGUCUGGAGGAAGAGGACAGGAACCGAGUCCAUGUUGCUUUAAGUUCAGAGUGAAUUUUCCACAGUCUGAUGAUUUGGGGCACCAUGUCUGCUAGCAGUGGUCCAUUUUCCCGAAGUCCAGAGUAAACACAGACAUCUACCGGAACAUUUUAAAGAACCUUAUGCUUUCUACUGUUGAUAAGCUUUAUGGAGAUACUGAUUAAAUUUUCCAGCAGGACACGGAACCUGCCCACACUGCCAAAGGUACCAGAAGCUGGUUCACUGGUGUUACUGGUGUAAUGGAUCGAAGGUCAAGUUUACAUCAAAAAAUGACCAGAAAGUAACAUUUAAUUUGCAGACACAAACACCCCAUCUGUCUGGCCUCCAAACCAGAAAGCUCUGCACCAGACCUUGUUACCGUACAAAAUAUAACAUCUUCACCCAAGGUGUCAUGCAGAAGCGAGACUCCUGCAUUUUUCACUCUGAAUAAAGUUCAUAAAUGACUUUACAAUUUAUAGGUUGAAAUAAUCAAAUGUGUUGAAUGAACAAUAUGUUUAAAUCCAAAAGUGUCUGAAUAAUCUGUGCUUAAAUCAAGGAUGUAUUAAAAUGAAUAUUUUUCCUGCAA